AUGGCUUCUGAUCAUCCUUUCAAGGGAAUUUUAUUUGGUCUCCCAAAGCCUGAAGGAGGUGAAUUCGGAAAGUUUUAUAGCCUUCCUGCUUUGAAUGAUCCUAGAAUUGACAAGCUUCCAUAUUCAAUCAAGAUACUUCUAGAAUCAGCUAUACGAAAUUGUGACAACUUUCAAGUUACGAAGGAGGAUGUGGAUAAGAUCAUUGAUUGGAAAAAUUCGGCUCCUAAACAAGUUGAAAUUCCCUUUAAGCCAGCUCGUGUUCUGUUACAGGAUUUUACUGGAGUUCCUGCUGUUGUUGACCUGGCUUCUAUGCGGGAGGCUAUCAAGGAUCUCGGUAGUAAUCCGGACAAGAUCAAUCCAUUGGUUCCUGUGGACCUGGUCAUCGAUCACUCUGUUCAGGUGGACGUGGCCAGAUCAGAGAAUGCAGUUCAGGCCAACAUGGACCUUGAGUUCAAGAGAAACAAAGAGAGGUUUGCUUUUCUUAAAUGGGGAUCAACGGCCUUCCGCAAUAUGCUUGUUGUUCCUCCUGGUUCUGGUAUUGUUCAUCAGGUGAAUCUCGAAUAUCUCGGAAGGGUUGUGUUCAACACCGAAGGCAUUCUGUACCCUGAUAGUGUUGUUGGAACUGACUCUCAUACAACAAUGAUUGAUGGACUGGGUGUUGCUGGCUGGGGUGUUGGAGGAAUUGAAGCUGAGGCUGCAAUGCUUGGCCAGCCCAUGAGCAUGGUUCUGCCCGGUGUUGUUGGCUUUAAGUUGACUGGAAAAUUGCGUGAUGGAGUUACUGCUACCGAUUUGGUUUUAACAGUCACACAAAUAUUGAGAAAGCAUGGUGUUGUUGGGAAGUUUGUUGAAUUUUACGGGGAAGGCAUGGGUCAGUUACCAUUAGCUGAUAGAGCGACUAUUGCAAAUAUGGCUCCUGAGUAUGGAGCCACCAUGGGUUUCUUCCCUGUGGAUCAUGUCACACUACAAUAUCUGAAAUUGACUGGAAGAAGUGAUGAGACAGUAGCAAUGAUUGAGGCGUAUUUACGUGCGAACCAUAUGUUUGUGGACUACAAUGAGCCCCAACAAGAGAGAGUCUUUUCGUCUUAUCUGGAGUUGGAUCUUGCUGAUGUUGAACCUUGUAUUUCUGGACCUAAAAGGCCUCACGAUAAAGUACCACUGAAAGAUAUGAAGGGUGAUUGGCAUUCUUGUCUGGACAAUAAAGUUGGGUUCAAAGGUUUUGCCGUAAAAAAGGAAGAUCAGGACAAAGUUGUAAAGUUUUCAUUCAAGGGGCAGCCUGCCGAACUUAAGCAUGGGAGUGUUGUCAUAGCUGCUAUUACAAGCUGCACAAACACAUCUAACCCUAGUGUGAUGCUUGGAGCUGGUCUUGUUGCAAAGAAGGCUUGUGAACUUGGGUUAGAGGUUAAACCAUGGGUGAAGACUAGUCUUGCCCCAGGUUCUGGAGUUGUAACAAAAUAUUUACUCCAGAGUGGACUGCAAAAUUACUUGAACCAGCAAGGCUUUAAUAUUGUUGGCUAUGGUUGCACGACUUGUAUUGGUAAUUCUGGAGAUCUUGAUGAAUCAGUUGCUUCAGCAAUAGCUGACAAUGACCUUGUUGCUGCUGCUGUGCUCUCUGGCAAUCGGAACUUUGAAGGUCGUGUUCAUCCGUUGACUCGAGCAAACUACCUUGCUUCACCACCAUUGGUUGUGGCCUACGCACUUGCUGGCACGGUUGACAUCGACUUUGAGAAGGAGCCAAUCGGAACUGGAAAAGAUGGGAAAAAUGUUUAUUUCAAGGAUAUCUGGCCAACCAGUGCAGAAGUUGCAGAGGCUGUUCAAUCCAGUGUACUUCCCGAAAUGUUCAAGAGUACCUACGAAGCUAUCACCAAUGGAAAUCAGUUCUGGAACCACUUAUCGGUGCCUUCAUCAAGUCUCUAUGCGUGGGACUCUGAGUCAACGUACAUCCACAAGCCUCCAUAUUUCAGUGGGAUGACUAUGGACCCACCUGGUCCACGUGGCGUGAAGGACGCUUAUUGCUUGCUGCUGUUCGGAGACAGUAUCACCACAGAUCAUAUCUCGCCAGCUGGAAGCAUCCACAAGGACAGCCCUGCUGCAAAGUACUUGAUGGAUCGUGGUGUUGACCGUAAGGAUUUCAACUCUUAUGGUAGCCGGCGUGGCAAUGAUGAAGUGAUGGCGAGGGGUACUUUUGCCAAUAUCCGAAUAGUAAACAAACUGUUGAACGGUGAAGUGGGGCCCAAGACCAUUCACAUUCCGACAGGGGAGAAGCUUAAUGUGUACGACGCUGCAAUGAGAUACAAGUCGGCCGGACUGGGUACCAUUAUUCUGGCUGGAGCAGAGUAUGGAAGCGGUAGUUCCCGAGACUGGGCUGCUAAGGGACCGAUGUUACAGGGCGUGAAGGCAGUGAUUGCCAAAAGUUUUGAGAGGAUUCACCGUAGUAACUUGGUAGGGAUGGGUAUUAUUCCACUGUGCUUCAAGCCCGGCGAGGAUGCUGAUACACUCGGGUUGACUGGCUACGAGCGCUACACGAUCGCCCUUCCUUCAAUAGCAAGCGAUAUUAGGCCCGGGCAAGAUAUUACUGUCACUACUGAUAAUGGAAAAUCUUUUACAUGCACCUUGCGCUUUGACACAGAGGUUGAACUUGCAUACUUCGACCACGGAGGCAUCCUUCCUUUUGUUGUUCGGAAUCUGACCAAGCAGUAA